AUGGUGUUCCCGGCGAGGGGCGACCCGGUGCUGCACACCGUCGCGACGUUCGGGCUCAUGUACGUCAUCUUCCUCAUCGGCGUGCGGAUGGACCCGAUGCUCGUCGUCCGCUCCGGCAAGAAGGGCGUGAUCAUCGGCCUUUCCGGCUUCAUCCUCCCGCUGGCCAUGACCACCGCGGGCUUAUCCGGCGCCGCCAUGGUCUCGGAGCCCGACGUAACGAGGCGUUCUACGUUCCUGUUCGCGCUGGCCACGUCGCUCUCGGUCACGUCCUUCGCGGUGCUGUCGCCGAUCCUGUCGGAGCUCAGCCUCCUCAACUCCGACCUGGGCCGCACCGCCAUGUCGGCCUCGAUGACCACCGACGGCAUCGCGUGGCUCAUCAUGGUGGGAUACAUCCUCGCCGAGGCGUUCCUCGUGUCGGCGGUGACAUCGCUCUGGGCGUUCCUCUCGGUGGCCGCGCUCGGCGCGGUCAUACUGUUCGCGGUGCGCCCGGUCGCGCUCAAGGUGAUCGAGCGCACGCCGCCGGGCAAACCCGUGGACGAGAACUACGUCUUCUUUUUCCUCCUCAUCGUGCUCCUCGUCGGAUUCUACAGCGACGUCAUCGGGACCAACUCGUUCCACGGCGCGCUGAUGCUGGGGCUGGCAAUCCCCGAUGGACCGCCGCUCGGCACCGCGCUGGGGGAGAAGAUUGACGCCAUGGUGUCCGGCCUGAUCCUGCCUCUGUACUACGCCAUGACCGGGCUCAGCACCGAUGUGUGGUCCCUGCAUUGGGGCAGGCUGCAGCUAGUCGUGCUCCUCGGAUGGUUUGGCAAGCUGGUCGGCGUCAUGGUGCCGUCGCUGUUCCUUGAGAUCCCCCUCCGGGACGCCGUGUCCCUCAGCUUGUUCAUGAGCUCCAAGGGCAUCGUUGAGGUCAUCACCUUCACCUUCUUCCUCACCAACAAGGUGAUCGCUGAUACAAUACAACAGCUCUGCAAAUGGAAGCAUCAAAUGCAGACACUAGUCAGUUCUGCAUUUUCUAUUUACAUUCUUUGCGUGGACCUUGAAACAUUUGAUCGGUUCGGUUCGCAGUUGAUCGGCAAGAACUCCUUCAGCGUCCUGAUAUGCUCGUCGGUGGCGAUCACGGCGGUGUCGGUGCCGGUGGCGGGAUUGCUGUACGACCCGGCGCGGCGCUACGCCGUCUACAAGCGGCGCACCUUGCAACACCUCAAGCCGGACGCCGACCUGCGCAUCCUGGCGUGCCUGCACGACGAGUCCCACGUCUCGGGGACGCUCGCGUUGCUCGAAGCGUCGCACGCCACACCCCAGACGCCCAUCGGCCUCUAUCUCCUGCAGCUCGUCGAGAUCGCCGGCCGCUCCGCGCCGGUGUUCAUCCCGCACAACCCCCGCCGCAAUGCGUCUCGGAUCGGCGCACCCAACGCGCCGUCCACCGACUUCGACCGCAUCAUCAACGCCUUCUUCCGGCACGAGCUCCGGCACACGGAGGGCGCAGUCUCGGUGCACCCGUUCACCACCAUCUCCCCGUAUUCCUCCAUGCACGACGAGGUGUGCCGCCUCGCCGUCGAGAAGCGCACGUCGCUGAUCCUCCUCCACUACCAUAAGCACCACUUGCUCGCCGGCGGCGUGCACGCCUCAGUUGGGCUCCGCGUCGUCAACCGCAAGGUGCUGGAGGUGGCGCCGUGCUCGGUCGCGGUGUUCGUCGACCGCAACGCCGGGAACGUGGGGCUGUCCAAUUUCAUUCCCGGGCCGCUACAAGACUACUCAGGCUCUUCCACGGGCAGCAGUGCCCUGUCGAUGAGCGGGCCCCAGUUCCAUGCCGCCGUGGCGGCGCUCUUCUUCGGCGGCGGCGACGACCGCGAGGCCAUGUCCUACGUGGCGCGCAUGGCGCGCCACCCGGGCGUGACAGUUGCGAUCGUACGGUUCCUGCCAGCCCGAGGCAUCAAGGACGACCCGGCGGAUAGGCGGGUGGACAACCGCGCCAUCGAGGAGGUGAAGGCGCUCGCGGCGAGGAGCAGGAACAUGCAAGUCCGGGAGGAGCUCGUCGGCGACAUGGAGAAGAUCGUCGAGGUGCUGAGGGGUCUCGACAAGGCCGGCUACGACCUAGUCAUCGUUGGCAUGAGGCACAGGUGGUACCCGGUGAUGCCGGCGAACGGGCUGUCGGACUGGAGCGAGUGCCCCGAGCUCGGUGUCAUUGGCGACCUCCUGGCGUCCUCCGACUUCGACACGCCCUACUCGGUGCUCAUCAUGAAGCAGCAGGACCAGGCUGGCCUGAACGCCGCUGUGCCGGGAGCCCAGGACCAGUGGCACGGUGCACUGCUGCCGCCGCGGCAGAAAACCAUGUCGACGGCGUAA